CUGCGCCACUUUAAGUGAAAUGGGAAGCCUUGAAACCUCCAUGUUUGUAUCUUGAAUUCGCGAGCGAGAGUUGAGCACCAUAUUGAAUCAAAGUUGCCCAUCCUGCCUGUCAAAUGUUGCCGAAACUUUUCGAUUUGGAAACUCCCAGCGUGUGUUUCGACCACCCUCCGCAGAGGAAUGGACGGACUUUAGGAGAGUUGUUGCGAUGUGUCCCGAGCCGCUGCAGCCUCGCUUCCGUUCAUGUUGAGGUGAUUUAAUGCAAGCAGCGAGUUGGCGAACAAAUCUCUUAACUUUCAAGUGUGAGCUCAGCACUCUGGAGCAGACCUGGGUGUGAUGGACAAUUCGUCCUCAAUAAUCACACAAGUCAGCCGGGAUGAAGAGGGAAACAAAGCCGCAGGCGAGAGGGGUUCUUCCCCCUCUCUGUCCUCCAAGAAGCCGCGCAGCAGAGGCCUCUUCUCCAGCCUCUUCUGCUGUCUGUGUCGGGAUCAGCCCGAGCCUCAGCCCGUCAACAACAACGCCCCGCUGCUGGUGGAGGAGAACGGGACCGUCUCAAAGGUGAAGCCACUGCUGCCUCCGGUGAAGUCGAAAGACUCUGGGAAGAUCUGCGUGGUGAUAGAUCUGGAUGAGACGUUAGUUCACAGCUCCUUUAAGCCGGUGAACAACGCGGAUUUCAUCAUUCCUGUGGAAAUCGACGGAACAGUGCACCAGGUGUAUGUCCUGAAGCGGCCGCAUGUCGAUGAGUUCCUGAAGAGGAUGGGGGAGCUGUUCGAGUGCGUCCUCUUCACUGCCAGUUUAGCCAAGUACGCCGAUCCCGUCUCGGACCUCCUGGACAAGUGGGGCGCCUUCCGCUGCCGCCUCUUCCGGGAGUCGUGCGUCUUCCAUCGGGGGAACUACGUCAAGGACCUGAGCCGGCUGGGGCGCGACCUCAACAAGGUCAUCAUCGUGGACAACUCCCCGGCCUCCUACGUCUUCCACCCCGACAACGCGGUGCCCGUGGCCUCGUGGUUCGACGACAUGUCAGACACCGAGCUGCUGGACCUCAUCCCCUUCUUCGAGCGGCUGAGCAAAGUGGAUAACGUCUACACAGUCCUCAAACAGCAAGGGGACGCCAGCUAACAGCGUUUCUGUCAUCUCAGCUCUGAACGAGAAAAAAAAAAACGGCGUACACGACUGAAAAAAAAAAAAAAAAAAAUACACAACAACUUCCUGCUCCAGCUUCCACCACCCCCUUCUGAACACAGACUGCUUCACAGCUGACCGAGCCUUCACCUUCCCAGAAUUGAAACCAGGUCAUGUUUUGGGGUGUCAAUGCUGCCACCUGCUGGUCGAAUAGAAAACUGCACAAAGUUUGCCUUCAACUUUCUGUAUCCUCUGGAACAAGGCUGGGUACUGGACUCUCACGGAUCUAAAAAAAGUCCCAUCCUGCAGAAAGUUCAGGAUUUAGAAACCAUGCAGGAAUCAACUAGAGAGGACUUUUUUGUGAAGAUUUUAAUGGAAAAGAAACUGAUCUGACCUGUCAGUGAUAGAGCAGAUUGUAAACACGUACUGUAGAUGUGCGUCACCCUAAUCUCAUCGAUUAUCACACUAUUUGUCUGCAAACGCAUGGUGUCUUUUUAGAGUUUUUAAAGCAGUAUGAUCAGGUAUUUUUUGAAUAAUCAUGACAGUGUUAUGGCUACAUCUGAACAUAAGCAGUGGGAUUGUAAUGUCUAAUAUGAUAAGGAAUUGGUAAAUACACUGAAAGACAUGUUCAGUGCCUUGUGGGGGAUUCUUUUCAGCAUUAUUUCUGACCUUUACAAAAGUGAAAUUGUAUCACGGCGACGUUCAUUAUUUGAUUUCUUCACAUCUAUCGGAAAAAAGGAUAGGGAAAAAAAAAUCGACUUAUUGCUUUUUUUCACAAGAAUCAGCACAACAUUUUGGUCUAUGGGGACAUACAUCAGUGUAAAAAUCCAUAGAAAGUGCUGAUUCUUAAAAAAAAAAAAAGACUUUUUGCACUGAAAAUUGGUGUACACAAAAAAUAAAUGUUCUCAAUGUAACAUGCAAAGUUCUUUUGACAAAAUGUCUGCAUGGAAAAAGCAACAACUGCAGUGUUUCCCCUUAAAAGCCUGACACUAAUAUGAAAAGGAAACCAUCUGUGCACAUCGGUGAAGGAGCAGCUGCUAUGUUAUUCUGACAUGGAUCGUGCUUUUUUUUUUUUUUUUUUUUGGACAUGUGUGGCAAUGAAUGUCAUGGAAACUGUUGACUCCAGAGACGAAGAGGACCAGGAUCACCUCCUUUAAAAAAAAAAAAAAAAAAACGCUUGGAAAUUAACCUUCAUGAAUGUCGCAAUGGUUUCACAGCCACUCGCACAACACUUGAAUUUCUCGCAGCAUUUAUGAACUGAUUUUGAAUGGUAAAAGAAAGACGUCUGAUGCAAAAUAAGUUACACUCUGGCUUCUUGUUAGUUUCAGAGUACAGGUUUUUUUUUUUCCUCCCAAAGCGGUACACAUGGGCUGGAAACUAUUUCAGGACUCUGUAUUAAAAGGUGUGUGGAGUGGGGGAGCUGCCAUAAGGACUCGAAGAUAUAUGAGGUGUUUGAAAAACAAAAAAAGUGUUUUCAUUAAGUCCAGAUUUAAAGGAGAAAGUCUCCCUGAAAUACUUCAACACUGUUUUAAAUGUUUCUCAGGCCGGGAAACAUAUCAUUCAUUCAUUCACAGUUGCAAAAAAAAAAAAAAGGCAUGCUGGGAAAUGUAGGAAAUCACUUCCAGAAAUUAGAUUUCUAAAAAAACUGAUGUUAAAACAGUGUGAAGUAAUUUCAGAGUGGAUUUUUCUCUUUAACUCCAUGGAGUUCGACCCAGACCGGACACCUUUUAGACUCUUCUCUUCCACGUAUGCGUUGACAAUACCAUGUGUUGACACUGAUGAAUGAAGGUGGAUUCGACUCAGAGCCUCCGCAGCAUGGCUUGAGAUGGGACAGCAAGGACACAGAAAUCCACCGUAUAAAGAGCUAUUACAUUAUUUUUCUAUGUUUAACAAAUUCUUGUCAAUCACAUUAGCCCUUUUUCUUUUCUAAAUACUGAUUUAGUUAUUCUUUUUUUUUUUUUUGCCCUGGAGUUGGUCUUCUUGAUACAAUAAUUGGUCCUGGUAGGUAUAUUAAUAUGUGGAGCAGGAAAACCAGCAAAUGACUAAAAACGUUUUUACUGAUGUAGGCACAUAACAGGGUCAAUAUUUUCAGAGGUGUGUUUCAUGUCAGCCAUCAUCACGUCUCAAUUAGUUUAACUGUUAUUGUUAUUUCUUUGCAAAAGCAACAGUAUUUAUAGGAACAUACAGUCAUAUAAUUACAUAUAAAACGUGUUGUCACUACAGGGGCCCAUUCACUGAUACUGUACUUCUUACACAUCCAGUAGGUAUGUAUAUUUUGUUUUGCACAGUAAUAAAGCAAACAAAUUGUCAUUAA